AGCCAAUCACACAGCGCACAUUGCAGAACAAGUUUUGUGAUAGGUGGCCUUGUCACACGGUGCUGCUGAUUGGCUGUGACUGUGAGCACCCGGCACAGUGAGUGAGCGAGCGGUCGCAGUACCGAGGUUUGUGUUUGGAUUGGAAUAGAAGUUGCCCGAUUCAAAGAUGGCGGUGAGCGUAUAGUGAGUUCUGGAACCAGAGCAGAAGAUGUGGGGAGAGGUCGUAAUGGUGUUACAGGGAGCGUCCCGUGUGGCGCAAGCUGUGGUGAAGAGGGGCUGUGAAUCACUGCGUAUGGUGGCUGCUACCUCCACAUUGGGAAGUGGGUUUAAGUCUGUGCAGUCCUCUGCCGAGCGAUGUGUGGGGACCGCUUUCACAAACAUGCAGCUCCGCAAGAUGGAUUCCAGGGAGCGCCCAUUAUCUCCCGAGGUCAGCGAUGACUCUUGGAGUGUGAUGUCAGAGUUUUCGCCAGUAGAAGACGCCUCGCCUCCAAGGACAGCCUCUGGUGAGCAGCAGAAGAAUGGGCUGGGCAUGGCUGGACCAAGCGUGGGGCAAGUCAGAAGUUACGGCACAGUUAGAGGCCUGACAGCUGAGGAACUGGAGAGAGCAAGGGAGGCGAAACUGCAGGGUGGAGCAGAGGAUCAUGGGAGACCUAAGCGGCAGAAGCUGAGUGAGCGGGCUAGAGAGAGGAAAGUACCUGUAUCUCGCAUCAGUCGCAUGGCAAACUUUGGGGGCUUGGCUGUCAGCCUUGGAAUCGGUGCUCUGACAGAGGUAGCGAAACAGUCUCUGAGCCAGGAAAAGAAGUCAGACACUAGCCGCUCUGUCCUGGAAACGAACACGUUUAUGAGUGAGGCCAACGUAGAGCGGUUCGUGGACACCUUGUGUAAAGUUCGGGGGGCUGCACUGAAGAUUGGACAGAUGCUCAGUAUUCAAGAUAACAGCUUCCUGAGUCCAGAGCUGCAGAAGAUCUUUGAGAGAGUGAGACAGAGCGCAGACUUUAUGCCUUCCUGGCAGACAGCUAAAGUGCUGGAGGAGGAGCUGGGUUCUGGCUGGAGAGAAAAACUGGCCUAUUUUGAGGAGAAACCCUUUGCAGCAGCCUCUAUUGGCCAGGUCCAUCUUGCCAGGCUGCUGGAUGGGCGCGAGGUAGCUAUGAAGAUCCAGUAUCCUGGAAUCGCUCAAAGUAUUAAGAGUGAUGUGGAUAAUCUGCUAUCCAUUCUGAAGUUAAGCGUUGUUGUGCCUGACGGUUUGUUUGCUGACAGCAGCGUGCAGGUCCUACAGAAAGAACUGGCCUGGGAGUGCGACUACCUGCGGGAGGCAGAGUGCAGUAAAAGAUUCAGGCAGCUCCUAAGUGAUGAUUCCUUCUUCAAGGUCCCAGAGGUGAUUGAUGAUCUUACUACGAAGAGGGUGCUGACUAUGGAACUGGUCUCUGGGGUCCCGCUGGAUCAGUGUGCUGAGCUUGAUCAGAAUACCCGCAACCAGAUCUCGUACAGUGUCCUGCGCCUCUGCCUGCAGGAGGUCUUUCAGUUCCACUUCAUGCAGACCGAUCCAAACUGGUCCAACUUUUUCUACGAUGCUGAGAAGAACAAGAUGAUGCUGUUGGAUUUUGGAGCCAGUCGAGCCUUUGAGAACAAGUUCACGGACGAUUAUAUUGAGGUUGUGAAAGCGGCUGCAGAGGGGGAUCGAUCAAAAGUUCUACAGAAGUCCAGAGAUCUUAAAUUUCUGACCGGUUUUGAAACCAAGGUGUUUGAGGAGGCGCACGUAGACGCGGUGAUGAUUCUAGGCGAGGCUUUUAAGUCGGAGGAACCGUUCAAUUUCGGCAGACAGAACACCACCCAAAGGAUCCACAACUUAAUCCCAGUCAUGCUGAAGCACAGGCUCACCCCUCCGCCUGAGGAAUCCUACUCACUGCACCGGAAGAUGGCAGGCUCCUUUCUCAUCUGCGCCAAGCUUAAGGCGGUCAUUCCAUGUAAAGAGCUCUUUGAUGGGGUUUACCAGCAGUACUGGGCACAAAGGGGUCAGGAGAGAACGCAGACACCCUCUGAUUAAACCACUCCGCCACUUUUAUCUUUUACUUGAAAUUAAUGCAAAAUUCCGCUGUACUUUUUUGUACUUUACUGGCCACCAUAUGAGUAUAUCCUUCUCGCCAUGCGGAAUUGUAAGGUCUUUUCACAGGUUUGUUUGUUUUUUCAGCCGUCGGUAUGGGCCCAUCUUGCGAAGACAAGCAUUCCGGAUGAGCAGCAUCUUGUCUGAAUACACUGAUUACUCUGGUGUUUAUCAGACUUGGGCUAGCAGACUCUGGACUUCCUAUAUAAUCGGUUUUACUUUUUCUCACCACAUUGCAUGCUUUUCAGUUGAAUGUAUGUCGGUAAGCUUUGAAAACUCAGGCCUUAUCCAAAGUGUGGAUUGACUUUCAGUAACUUCUCAUUUCAUUUUUUUUUUUUUUUUUUAACAAUUAAUCACUUAAUCCGCUAUUGCGUGUCCUUUGAAGCUGCCUCGUUGUUCUGGAAGAUAGGAUUCCCUGUGAAAUUUCCCUGUUGACAGCAGGACUUGGGAACAAUGUAAAAUAGGUCGCCCUGGUUCUAGGCAGUGAUAUGCCUCCAGAAACCCAGAGACGGGGCUUAUAUUCCUCACCAUGAAGAUUAUGUAAGUAAAUGGAUUAAAGUGUGCAGCUCCUGCUAAGAGACUUAUGCCAACUCAGAAUAUUAUAGACCUCUCUGCACUUCAGUUCGUUGCUGCUGCUGGCAAGUGCCCCUUACUUGGCAGCGAUCACCCUUUUCAUUGUAACUAUAAACAACCUCUAAUCCGCGUGCCCGAUAAAUCCAGAUUCUAUAAACAAAUAUAUAUAUAUAUGGGAAAAGUUACAGGAACUACUCGGUGCUAAGGCUAUUUAAGAUCACUGAAGUUGUGGAAGCAUUUUUAUAUAGGCAACAGACCAUUUUGAUAGGCUAACGUAGGUCCUUUCUGAUCUGAGGGUCAUUCUACUGGCCUUAAGACCAAAAGCAUGUCCGAUGCGGCUUUAUAAACCUACCAUUGAUACCUAUGAUGAGUACAAGUGUCCAGCCGUCAUAGUGUGAAUGCAGGAUGAAGCAUCUUGUACUUGUCUUUCCCUCUAGAGUUCCCUCCCGCAAGGGCUGGACAUACAUAUAUGAUCCUUUUUCCAACAGUUAGCCGAAUUGCUCUUUGGUCACUCAGCACUAGAAGCGCAGAUCUGCUGUAAUGGCAAUGAAUCGUGAGCACCCGUGCAAGUGAGCCGGUGGCGGAGUCUAGGAUGGCCGUUAACAAGAGCAGUUAUUUGUACUCUGGUAGGAACCUAGGACAGAUAUAGUCUCCUGUUAUCUCAGUGAUGUGUUACAAGAUGGACCUUUUCUUAUUGUCUCCCUCUAUUGCAUACACAGUAACUGCUUCCGCUGUCAGGCUAUGACAUUGUGUUCCGUCACCAAAGAAGCCAGACACGUUUGUGUAUAAAAUGUCAGAGUACUUUUAUUAAAUAAGUUAUACAGAAAA